AUGGUCCUCCACAUUGUCUUUGUCGACACGCUUGAGAGACCGUUGUCAUAUGACUGGGGUACCAACGUCUACGAAGCCUGUCCAGCCUGCAUCAGUGCUCACGAGUUGCGCACUUGCGAUGGUGAGACUGCUGUGACGUUCCAUCUCUGCAAGAAACAUGCGACACUGUGUGACGACAACAACAACACGGAGAAGGUCCUGCUUAACGAGAUCCGACGCAUGAUGCACCCGUUGUACUCAGCAGUGCCUCUACCGGGAGUGUCGCGACAAGAACUCGGCAAGGACAUCAAGAUCUCGGUGGUGUCUGAGAAGCCUGAGCCCAAAAAGAGGUUCAACUUCAGAAACAAGAGCGCGAGUACUGAUGUAGCCCGUGAGCUGCUUCCCUACCCAACCAUCCGGUACGCCCAUGCUGAAGGAUGUAACUACUCGGAGCAGCCUCAAGUGGUGGUCAAGUCUGCCGAGGAGGUGCAGAUGAUGGACCAGUUUGCAAAGCAGCGACUCCUCCACAUCAAGGCGUUGCUGGCUGCAGAUGUCGACGCCAUUCUAGACGAUCAGGGGCGUGAUGCCCGUGACUGCAUCGACGAGUUCAUCAAACAGCAACGGCAAGAGCGUGAACUCGAAUGCCGUUCCCGUUCCCGUUCCCGUUCGCGUUCUCACUGGGAGUUUGACUCGAACUCUGACCUCUCCUCUCCUGCUGCCUCUGCGUCUCCGUGUGCUUCUACUGGGUCGUUGAUGUCUGGUCGCGGCUCUGGACAUGGACGUGAUCCAGGCGCCACAGUCGUCGGCGACCACGACAGCAACACGACGGCCAACAAGCUGAAGCUCAAGCACAAGCACCAUCAGAAUCGCCAUCUCCACAUUGAUCUGAAGCUGGCCUUUGAGACUGACGCGAGAAAGACGCUCGUGGCGGAGAUGACUCGCCUGGAACAGAGCAUUCCGUUGAGCCGCCCUGCCAAAGCCCUGUAUUUCAAGCGAUGCAAUGGCGAGUACAGAAACGGCGUUGGCGAUAUCCUGGUCAAGAACGAUGUCGUGUCUUCGCGGUCGCCAUGGGCUCCCAUAUCGGCCAACAACUACGGCUACGCUGUUCUCAAACCAUCCAAGGCCUCUGGAUCGGACCACAGCGCACCUGCCAGCUCUCCAGCCGAACCAUCGUCGUCGUCCUCCUCCUCGUCGUCCACUUCCCUCGACGGCGAUUUCCUCGCCCGCCUCCCUCCUCCGACCAGAUUCAAAUUCACCACUGACAUCCUCAUGGCCCGCGAGGACAUGGUGCGCACCGGUGCCGUCGGUGCUUACGAUCUGUGUCUCACCUGCUGGGACUUCAAUCGUCUCGAGCGCACUGCUACUGUGAAUGAGAAGUGA